AUGCAACACCAAGGUAAAGGGAGCCUCCCUGACCAGCUGGGGAUCUCUGUUUAGGCACCUGGUGUGCCAUAGAGAAGCCUUGGCAUUUCUGCCCAGUGAUCUGAGAGCCUGACCUGUCAGGUUGUGAACUGAAAUAUCUAAAUCGAGCCUUCUCUCCACUGCCCGCAGAGUGUUUCUUGAUCUAGCAAGUCAUAAUAACACCUUCGUCCAAACUGAUUCAGAGUUGACCUGCAAAGGGUGGGGAGUUAAGGAUCCUAACCCCAACCCAGCACUGGCUGGCUCCAGCUCCCCACCCCUGACUCAGGUGACAGAACAGAGGGAAUCCCCGUCAGAUUUGCAGGUGACAUAACCUUAACAUCUUCAAAUUUUCUCCCUCCCUCAUAGCGCUAAAACCCCUGGGCAUCCAAUGAAGUUGAAUGUUUGAAGGUUCGGGAGAGAGGAAAGGAAGUCCUUCUUCAUUCAGCACAGAGUUAACCCAUGGAACUCCCUCCCACAGUGAUGGCCACCAACUUGGAUGGCUUUAAAAAAGGAUCGGACAAAUUCCAGGGGUUGUCAAUGGCCAAGAUGCCUGUGCUCUGCCUUCCACAGCUGGAGGCUGCAAUGCUUCUCAAUCCCAGUUGCUGGAAACCAGAGGAGGGGAGAGUUGCUCUUGCGCUCGGAUCCUGCCUGCUGGUUUCACAGAGGCAUCUGUUGAGAACAGGAGGCGGGACUAAAUGGCCCAAUGCCCUGAUCCUGCUGGCUCUCCACAUGUUCUUAAAAUUAAACGUGCUAACAUUAUUUUCAAAUGCUUUCCUACAUUCCCGUUCUCCCAUAUAACAACACCAUGACUAAGACCACAUGCAGCUGAGCACCCGACUCCACACGGCCCCAGAAGACACCCCCCCCUUCCUUGCCUGCUCUCCGGGGGACAGCCAGGGGUGUAAGCCAUCUCUCUGGGCUGUUUGCAGGGACCAGUGGUGUGAACCAGCUGGGGGGGCCCUUCGUGAAUGGCUGCCCCCUGCCCAACUUCAAGAGGAAGAGAAUUGUUGAGCUGGCUUCGUGUGGGCUGCGUGCUUCAGACAUCUCCCGACACUUGAAGGUAAAAAUUAGAUGGAGGGUGGGAAGCCAGUGGGAGCGGGGCCUUUAGCUCUCCCGGCAGAAGGGCAGCAAAGGCCAAGUCAUAGCCUUCAUCCAGAUUAUUUGAUAUUUUCUUUGUUACACACCACCCCCAAUAUCUGAGCAGUGAGAGGCUCCAGGGUUUCCAAGCACUUGCAACCAGGUUCUGUUUCCUUGGAACGAAGGUUUGCGGUGGUGUCUUUAGGAUAUCUGGUUUUAUUUACACAGAUAUACACCCUGAACAUAGGAUGGAAGGGCCCACGGCAUUAACACUCCCAGCAGAUCUUGCUUCUCCAUUAUUCAGCUUUCGAUCCAGCGCAGAGCAAACACGUCUCUGUGUCUCCAGCCUCCAGCCUGCUCCCAACUCAGCUCUCUCUUGCACUACUCUGGCUCUUGUUCCUCUACCUCAGCGGUUCUCAACCUGUGGGUCCCCAGAUGUUGUUGGACUACAACUCCCAUCAUCCCUGAGCUGGAGUUGUAGUCCAACAACAUCUGGGGAUCCACAGGUUGAGAACCGCUGCUCUACCUAUUAACUAGGUGAGGCCCAUCCCAGCAAGGCAGCCCAGAAAGAUGCCACGGUUGAUGGUAUCGAAAGCUGCCAAGACAUCCUGCAGAACCAUCAGGGACAUACAGCCAUCUGUGCCCCCAACUAAGUGAGGGGGUGGAGGAAAGGCCCGCCCAUUGACCUGUAGGGCUCCCUCACUUAAUUGUAGCUCUUGCUGAACUCAUUGUUUUGGGAUGCUGAUGAGGCACUUAAGAGGCCAGGUGAGGUCACUGUCUUGCAAAGAAACUUGUCAGACCACUUCAGCAACCUCCUUAGCUAGAUUCUAACCCAUGCUAACUUCUGCCAACCUAGCUGUUCGAAAGCACAUCAAAGUGCAAGGAGAUAAAUAGGUACCGCUCCGGCGGGAAGGUAAACGGCGUUUCCGUGCACUGCUCUGGUUCGCCAGAAGCGGCUUAGUCAUGCUGGCCACAUGACCCGGAAGCUGUAUGCCGGCUCCCUCGGCCAAUAAAGGAAGAUGAGCGCCGCAACCCCAGAGUUGGCCACGGCUGGACCUAAUGGUCAGGGGUCCCUUUACCUUUACCUUAACCCAUGCUAAUAAGACCCCAAGGGACUGGGGCAUCGAAACCAACAACAAAGGGGACGGUUGAUAAGUAGGAGGGGUGGGAUUGAGGGGCUGGGGACAAUCUGAAGCAGCUGGAGGGGGGGCAGCCAACCCCCAUAAGCCCCCCAACUCUCACUCUCUUCCUGCAACCCUUCAUUGCUCCUCGUUCCCCUGUUUUUACACCACAGGUUUCCAAUGGUUGUGUCAGCAAGAUCCUCACCCGCUACUACCAGACGGGGGCCGUCCAGCCAAAGGGCGUGGGAGGGAGCCGCCCUCAGACAUCCACGCCGGAGGUUGUGGCCCGGAUUGCCCAGCUGAAGUGGGAACAGCCGUCCCUCUUUGCCUGGGAGAUUAGAGGGCAGCUGCAGGCGGAGGGAGCCUGCGCUGCCAACAGGAUGCCCAGUGUGAGUUGCCAUGAGCUGGCGGCGGGGCAGGUCUUGGGGGGGUGGGUUACCUGUGGGCACUGAGAAGCUGGGGUUGGGAGCCUGCCAUGGAUGUGCUGUUUCAUUUAUAAAUCUCUUCCCAAGUGAAUUUCAAUGCAAUCACGGCAUGCGUGCCUGUCUUUCUUUACACAGCAGGAAACAUGUGCCAAGGUGAAUCAUGUGAUGCACCCCCCCCACCCACACAAUACAGUGGUGCCCCGCAAGACGAAUGCCUUGCAAGACGGAAAACCCGCUAGACGAAAGGGUUUUCCGUUUUUGAGUUGCUUCGCAGGACGAAUUCCCCUAUGGGCUUGCUUCGCAAGACGAAAAUACCUUGCGAGUCUAGAGAUUUUUUUUUUCGCUUUUCCCCCCCUUUAUCUAAUCUGCUAAGCCUUUAAUAGCCUUUAAUAGCCUUUUAGCAGCUAAUCCCCUAAGCCUUUAAGCCUUUAAUAGCCGCUAAACCGCUAAUAGCGCUAAUAGCGCUAAUCCGUCAAUGGGCUUGCUUCGCAAGACGAAAAAACCGCUAGACGAAGACUCUCGCGGAACGGAUUAAUUUCGUCUUGCGAGGCACCACUGUAAUUCCAUGUGCCACUGGGUGGGACAAUGUUAGAGGGCAGAGCGCUGAUGGGAUGGACUGGAUGCCCUGGUUGGGUCCCUCCUCUGCAUUCCCCACCUCCUAAGAAAUGAAUACCAUUAUCGGUGCAAGCAAAGGCCUGUGAAAGGGCAGCACAAGAGUGGCAAAGGAGGGGCAAAGGAGUCAGGGGACCCUAAUAUUCUCCCCACCUUCCAGGAGCGCAGGCAGCCUUCUGCUCCUUGCCAGGGACAGGCCUUAAGCCAUGAAGCAAGAGAGCAUCUCUUGAGCUCCGUCCGGCCUCUGAGCCCAGCAGUGCCUGGCACUGAGGGGCAGACCUCUUCUUGCGAGGAGCUGUGGGGCUGAAGGCAGGGGACCCCCCCCAACCCACUCUUCCUGUCCAUAGGCAGCAGGAGCAGGGAGCCCCCUCUUGCACCAGAGGAGAAAGAUGCAGCUGGGGACCCCCUCCACAGCCAGUGCCUCUGAGGACGGAGUCUGGUGCCAUCAGCUCUGAACGGAGCCUUUGCCAACUGGAAAUCUUGUUAGACUUCCCAACCCCCAAAUGUUAUGACUGCAUCAAGUGCAGUUUAUUUAUUUCUUGUUUUAUUUAUUGCAUUUCUAUCCCAGCUUUCCCUCCAGGGAGCUCAAGGUGGCAUACACGGUUCACCCCCCCACCUCAAUUAAUCUCAGCAACAGCCCUGUGAGGUAGGUUAGGCUGAGAGGCAGGGACCGGUCCCUCAAGGCCACAUCUACUGAGCUUCAUGGCCGAGUGGAGGAUUCGAUCCCCAGUCUCUCCCAGGUCCUAGUCUGACAUUCUAACCACCACACCACCUCUGGCUCUGCAGUGUGAUCCUCCUGAAUGUGUCAGGAUUGGAGCCUGACUCUUGGGGCCCCUUCCAGCCACCGUCUCUUUCCUCCCUCCCUCUCCAGGUGUCCUCCAUCAACCGAAUCCUAAGAAGUCUGCCAGUGGGGAUGCCCUUCGCAGAGCAGGCUGCCUUCCUCAAGCCUCUGCAGUCAGGUGAGAGAUGUUGUGAAAAGGCUUCAGGACAUGGGUAGGAAAACUAAGGCCUGGGGGCCGGAUGUGGCCCAAUCGCCUUUUCAAUCUGGCCCGUGGACGGUCUGGGAAUCAGCGUGUUUUUACAUGAGUAGAAUGCGUCCUUUUAUUUAAAAUGCAUCCCUUCCAACUCUACCACUCUACAAUUGUAGGAUUCUGUGACUUGCUCUGGGUCCUGCUUCCAGGAAUCUCGCUACACAGACACCCACACUUGGUUUGCACUCCCUCUCUUCUGCAGGUCCCACCUUGCCUUGGGAGAGGAGUCCCCCGGGUUCAGAGGAGAGGACAGGGGCCCCGGCUCCCCCCGGGGGGCUGCAGGAGGUGGCGAGGCCCCCCGCAGCAGGCAAGCAAGGCAGGAACAGGAGCCGCACGGUCUUCUCCAUGCAGCAGCUGGAGGUCUUGGAACAAGGUGCGUUCCUGGGGCUGUGCAGGAUCAGGGCCCCCACAAGGGCAAGGACUCUGAAGGGUUAAGGUUUCCGCUUGGCACCUGGAGGGGCUUUGCAAGGCAGCCUGCCUCCUCUUGGGUGCUUCUGAGGGGAGGCAGAGAGUCUAGGACAGGCCCACGGGCCAAAUCCGGCCCUCCGGUAGCUUUAAUCUGGCCCCACAGGCGCUGCUGCUUACUCACCCGCUUGCACAUGUGCUGAAGUGAUGGACAUGAGGCAGGAGUUGAUAAUGCAGGUGAGCUGCAAGCAAGCUGCCGGCCAGCCCUGUGGAGGCUCCUUUUAUUGACACAAAUAUGCAAACCCAGGCAGAUACAUUUGGGGCUGUGACCUUUACACAUCUUCCAGUCCUGAGAUCGUGGGGUGGUACAAAGUUAUUUUGGCACCUGUUUCCACCGCAUCAUUUUCCCCUUGCACAGUGUAUGACAAAGGAGACAAAAGGUCUCAGACCGCAGACUACUGAGACCGCAAAAGGUUAGACAGAGGCCAUGAUGUUCAGACAGCUGUGGCUUUGUCCGGACCCCACGAUCAUCCCAACAUGCGCCCAGCUCUUUGUUGGGCAACUCGCGCGUGUGCCCUGCGUGCGGCUCUAGGACCCAUCCACCCGCUAUCUCGCGCAUGGUGAGCAAUUUUGUGCUGACUAAUCCUAAAAAAAGGUCAACAACUUUGGUCGGCCCUCAUGCAUGUUCACUUCAUCAAAUCUGGCCCUCUUUGUAAGAAGUUUGGACACCCCUGGUCUAGGGUCAUUAUCACAGCAAUACAGUGGUACCUCAGGUCACAUACGCUUCAGGUUAUAGAUGCUUCAGAUUACAGACUCUGCUAGCCCAGAAAUAGUACCUCGGGUUAGGAACUUUGCUUCAGGUUGAGAAAAGAAAUCAUGCUCCAGUGGUGCGGCGGCAGCAGGAGGCCCCAUUAGCUAAAGUGGUGCUUCAGGUUAAGAACAGUUUCAGGUUAAGAAUGGACCCCCAGAACAAAUUAAGUUCUUAACCCAAGGUACCACUGCAUCUCCAUCUGAGGGGUCCUGUCAAUCACAGUGUGGUGCUUUGGGAUCUGGGGCAAGGGGGGCAGCUGAAUGUAAUUCCCAAACUCCCUUCCAGCAUUCCAGAGAGGGCCGUAUCCAGAGACGGCUGCCCGGGAGGAGCUGGCUUCUGCUACUGGGCUCCCAGCCGACACCAUCAGAGUAAGUGAAGCUCCUUCUGCUGCCUGCUCCCUCACCCGGGACAAAGGCUUUGCUCCCCCAAACGCCACUGUGCAAAGCAACCUCAGAGCCACAGGAUCCUCACCCAAACGCUGAAAACAUAAGAACAUGCUGUUAUGGGGGGGGGGAACCCACAACUGCUCCUUUUCCCUUAUGGGGUACCUAAGAACCCGUAUAGAGUCCUUAAGUAGGUUCCCUAUUGGUAGGAGAAAAUAACAGAGGCCAAGCAGAGAAUAUUGAGAAGCAAAGCAGCUAGUAAGCCUGAUCUUUAGUAGACUGUUGCAACAGGGUUAUCACAUGCAGGAGGGAGGAGGGACCCAGAACAUUGGUGUGCAAGCCCUUAUAUAGACUUUUGAAAUUGCCUCCCCUGUAGCUCAAGACCACCCCCCAAAACAUCAUACAUACAUCACAGAAGGAGGCGCUCUCCAACAGAAACACAUCACAGGGGGCAGUCUACCCCAGAAAUCCUGUUUGUCAGGAUACCUGACAAUGGUCACUGAUUGCUUUGCCUGGGCAGCCUGGCCAUUCCUUUUGAGAUGCUAAAUAUUUAGUUCCUGAAUCCAGGUCCCAGGCUCACCCUAUUCAUACACAAACAUGCCCUUAAGACAGGAUUUGAGCAAAGGGACAAUGGGAAGGCUUCCCCAUUUCCUUCCUCACUGCAGAAAAUAUUUGAGGUCCCUGGAAGAGUCAAAAUGGCUUCAGGGUGGCUCUUCUGUACUAUUUCAGACACGUGGUUUAUAUACUUGUUUAUGUGUUUGCCUUGUAAAUUUAUGAACAUAUGAUUUUCAAUAUGUGAGACCUUGGCAUUCCUAUAACAAUGCAAAGAGGCUGCAGGAUCAGGCCAGUGUCCUCUCUGGCCCAGCAUCCUGUUCUCUCAGGGCCAAACAGACGCCCAUUGUGGGAAACCUUGCAAGCAGGAUCCGAGCACAAGAGCAACUCCCCCUGCCUCCUGUGGCAGUGAGUUCCAUAGGUGAACUCUGUGCUGCACCUUCUGACAUUCAGCUUCAUGGGAUUCCCGGGAGUUCUGGGGCAGGGUGUGGCCCCAACCCAGACCGCCUGUGACUUUGUCUUCAUUCCCACUAGGUUUGGUUCUCAAAUCGGAGAGCGAGGCAACAGCGAGAGGCCAAGGCUACGCUGGACACGGGGCACGCAGGUUCUGGCCUGACCCCCUCCCCAAUUCCAGGUGUUCUUGUCCUGCCCUAAGGGGGGGGGCUUCACAGAGAAGUCUGUGUACUGACUUCUCACAAGACUCUCCCCCCCCCCUGAGUCCGUGGCUCCUGUGUCUUCCCUGCACCCUUCUCCUCUUAGGGCCUUUUGGGAGGGACAAGGAGCUGUGGGGCAGGACCCCUAGGGCAGCAGGCAGCUGCUCUCCCAGUUUCCCCUGGCAGCCGUGGGGAGAGCAAGCGGAACAAACCCUGCUUUGGAGCCACGAGGCAGGUGGCAGACAGCUCUCUCUCUCUCUCUCCUUCCUAGGACCCCCGUGGGAGUGCUGCCCCCCUCCUGUGGCACCAGCCCCCCAAGGCUUUGCUGCAGCCGACUCUGACGCACCAACAGCCGCUGCCCUCUGCCACCAGGUAGGUGGGCGCCCAGAAGUCCCAAGAUCGGACUCUCCUUCCUUGGAGAUUUUCAAGCAGAGGUUGGGUGGCCUCUGCCAGGGGUUCUGUCAGGGAACCUGCUGAGGAGGGCUGCACUGAGGAGGAAUGGUGGGAGCCUCCCCCUGCUCCGGAUCCUGAUCCUGAAACUUCCCAGGAGCAAGAGGACAGUAUAGAUUUGGAACAGUGGUUUGAAGAGGGGCAUAGUUCAGAAGGCAGAAGCUGGGAAAUACCGGAUGGGGAACAGCUAGGAGAAGAAGCACUGGGAGGGAGAGGGUUAACAGAUUCACUGUCUCUGGAAAGCAUUCCUCCGCUCAGUCCAAGGUUGAGAAGAGCUCAGAAAGUCUCAGAACGGAAAGCACAGAAAGCACAAGCUCAGAUUACAAGACGUAGGAGUGACGUAGAUUAAUAGUGACAGAAGCGGGUGUAAUUCCUUAAUUGGGAGCACCGCCAUUUCUAGGAGAUGAGCUCUUUGUUCUCUCGCUUUGGUUCUGACAGUUUCUAACUGGUAAGAAGUCCCUUUCUUUCAUCUUCUUAUCUACUGCCGAUUCCCCGAAGCCUGACAGAUUGUUUAGUUGUGAUUCCUGCAUUGCAGGGGGUUGGACUAGAGGACCUUCAGAGGUCCCUUCCAACUCUACAACUUUAAGAUAGGGGACAGCAGGAUGGGCCAGGGAGUGGUUGGGCUGGAUGACCCUUAGGGGUCCCUUCCAUGAUUCCUCUUGCCUCCACAGCCUUCUCCUCCCAGCCUUGCCCCUCGCUUCAAGGCCGGCGGCUGCAAAACCUUCCCGCCCCACCUGCAUCCACCUGGCCCCCCACCCUGUGCCUGGACGGAGCCCUUCUGUGGUAAGAGAGGUCUCCAGCUGCUUUGGCUCCUACCCAUUCCCCCCCCCAUGGGAUAGGAGGAGGGCAUCACCAGCCAGGGGGUCAGUUGCCCUUCGAGCGCCCCUUCCUUUGGGGCAUCAGAAGCAAGAGGGGCCUGCUCUUCACAAGGCCCCUUAACCCUCGCCUGACCCCUGGCUCUUUCUCUGCAGGGCUGGGGUCUGCAGGGGCUACUCCUGCCCCACCCUGGAGCCCAGACUUGCCUCCUUUUGUGGGGCUCCCCCCAUCCUCAGCUGUCCGGGGCCCCGGAAGCCCCUUCUGCCCCGCCAGCUCUGGGCCGCUGCCGGUGCCUCCUCCCCAAGGACCAGGGAGCCUGAUUCUGGGGGGCUGCCCAGGCCCAGAGAGACCACAGGGAAGAUCUGCUCUAGAAGAGACGCCAUGGGGCGUGCCCACACCUGCUGCUCUUUGGGCCUCCCUGAGGACUCCAGGGUCGGGAUUCUCCGUGCUGUGUUGA